AUCUGCUCGGUGUGCGGGCUGAGCUUCGAGGGGCUGAGCUUCGAUGGAGGACCACAUGAAAGGGCACAACAAGGAGAAGCAUUAUGAGUGCGACGUGUGUGGCAAGGCCUGGCAGAGCCCGAGCCAUCUGGAGAUCCAUCGGCGGGUUCACACGGGAGAACGCCCCUUCCACUGCUUGGAGUGCGGCAAGAACUUCACCAGCUACGGCAACCUGCAGCAGCACAACCGCGUGCACUCUGGCGAGAAGCCCUUCACCUGCUCCGACUGCGGCAAAGGCUUCAAGGCAGCGUAUCAUCUCAAGAUCCACCGGCGGGUGCACACGGGAGAACGCCCCUUCAACUGCUCCGACUGCGAAAAGAGCUUCAAGGCAGCGAAUCAUCUGAAGAUCCACCGGCGGGUGCACACAGACGAGAAGCCCUAUGGCUGCUCCACCUGCGGCAAGAGCUUCAAGACGAUGAAUGAGCUGAAGAUCCACCGGCGGGUGCACACGGGCGAGAGGCCCUUCACCUGCUCCGACUGCGGCAAAGGCUUCAAGACGAUGAAUAUGGUGAAGAUCCACCGGCGGGUGCACACGGGCGAGAAGCCCUAUGGCUGCUCCACCUGUGGCAUGAGCUUUGCCCGGUUAUCGGGGCUAUGGCAGCAUCAGUCCGUGCAUGGCAGUGAGCGGCCCUUCACCUGCUCCGACUGCGGCAAAGGCUUCAAGUCGUUGCCAGAACUGAAAGUGCACAGUCUCCAGCACACCGGCGAGCAACCCUACACCUGCAGCGACUGCGGCAAGGGCUUCACCCGCUCCACCAGCCUGCAGGUGCACCAGCGCACCCACAAUGGCCAGCGUCCCUACACCUGUGCCCAGUGCGGCAAGGGCUUCAUCCAGUCCACCAUUCUGCUGAAGCACCAGCGCACCCACACCGGCGAGCGUCCCUACACCUGCGCCCAGUGUGGCAAGGGCUACACCCAGUCCAGUCACCUGCUGGUGCACCAGCGCACCCACGCCGGCGAGCGUCCCUACACCUGCACCCAGUGCGGCAAGGGCUUCACCCGUUCCAACAGCCUGCAAUUGCACCAGCGCACCCACACCGGCGAGCGCCCCUACACCUGCGCCCAGUGCGGCAAGGGCUUCACCCGCUCCACCUAUCUGCUGUCCCACCAGCGGGUGCACACUGGCGACCGUCCCUUCCCCAGCCCGGUUUGUGGAGAUGGCUUUGCCAUGGCCAUUUGCCAGAGCACGGGGUCUGAGAGCACCAGCGGAUACACACCGGAGAGGGACCCUUUGUGUGCGCUGAGUGUGGCAUGGCAGGGCUCGUACAAACCUUGAAAGUCCUGGAAUUUGAAACUCUGUUUUUCACUCCCUGAAAGUCUGUGGAUUUAUCACAGGUCGUUGUAAUCCUUGAAAAUGCACUUUUUAUGAUAAAAGUAUUAAUUCAUGCAGUAA